CGGGGCUCCGAAGCCAGGAAACCCAAGAGGAAAUGACUGCGCCCGUCUGGGUCCCCGCCCGCCGCGCUCUCCUGGCCACACCCUCGCCUGGACGCUGCUCCCACUGCCCUGGCCCCUCGCGGCCGCCGCUCGGCUCCAGACCCCCGGCUCUGAUGAAGAGGAAGGGGUGGAGGCUUGGGAUCUCCCCCUCUGAGACCCACACUGUGCCCCAAAGGCUGCUUUUGGUCAGCCCUGGCAGCAAGGGGGCCCUAGAGCCAGAGGUGCCAGCUUCCGGGAGGAGGGAGCCCGGGCGGCAGGACCUCCAAGGGCUGCCCCAGGCGGUGCCUCAGCUACUCCUGCUCCUGCUCCUGCUCGCCCCACAGAUGUUGCCCUCCAGUCAUCUGUGUCUCCUCACCAUCGUUGGCCUGAUUGUGCCCACCAGAGGACACGGAUUGGAGAACGUCACAUCCCUUUCGACGGUGGAUCCAACUACUCUGAACACUCAUGUUUUAACACAAGUGCCAGAUGCAGACCACCUAGAAGUCCAGUCCACUCCUCCGACCUCCAGUGGGCCUGCUGAUGUUAAGGAAACAGAAACUCAGAGGAACUUCUCCGAGACCCCACAGCAAGUUGGGCACACAGCUGAGUCAGAGACUGAGACCCAGCCACCAAUGGGAACCAGUGCUUUUUUUCUGGUGACGGAUCCAGGGCCACAGGCCAGCAGCAGGGAAGGCACGCACUCUACCCAUCCCAGUGAAGGUACUACGGCCCUCUACCACAGACCAACGCCAGACAGACACUCCCAGAUGGAUGACAACCACAACCCAAAGCCACCUGGUCCAGAUGAGGACAGCCCCUUUUACUAUGAUGAGCCCACUCUCCGGAAACAGGGGCUGCUGGUGGCGGCUGUGCUGUUCAUCACAGGCAUCGUCAUCCUCACCAGCGGCAAGUGUAGGCAGUGGUCCCGAUUGUGCCGGAAGCAGGGCAGCCUCCUCCCUCCCCUCUAAGAGCCUACAACGUGGUCCAUACCAGAAGCCAGGAGAGGGAAGACUCAGCUGGAUGGCAGCCAUACUCAGACUGAACAGCCGAAUCCCACCUGUCCACCCUGCCAGCCCCUGAGGGCUUCUGGCUCCCUGGGCCAGGUUAGGAGAAGUAAAGUGCUAUGAGAUACUUC